AGAGGGGAGCCAGGGAGAGAUGCUCUUGACUCCACUCAGAUCCAUCCUGGGGACCAGUGCAGGAGCGGUCCUCGCAGCACCCAGCUUCUGCCCAGGCUCCCGCUUCUUCUUUGCCGCUGGGCCUCGGCCCAGGAGCCACGACGGGCGACACGGAGCCGCCAGUGCUGGAGGGGGAGCCGUGGGUGCGGGGCAGCGUGGGGGCAGAGGCCCCGGGACGCCCGCCCGGCCCCAGGCCCCGCUCCGCCCGGGCGCCCCCACGGGUGCCCCCCCCUUCCUGGUCCGAGCAGUGUGAGUGUGCCCGGGAGCCCGGCGGCGGCGGCGGCGUGGAAACCGGCGUGGGCUGGGGGGUCCGGGCCGCGGGGGCAGUGCCAUGCACAAGCACCAGCACUGCUGUAAGUGCCCCGAGUGCUAUGAGGUGACCCGCCUGGCCGCCCUGCGGCGUCUUGAGCCUCCGGGCUACGGGGACUGGCAGGUACCCGACCCCUACGGACCGGGCGGGGGCAAUGGAGCCAGCGCCGGUUAUGGGGGCUACAGCUCGCAGACCUUGCCCUCGCAGGCGGGGGCCACCCCCACCCCCCGCACCAAGGCCAAGCUCAUCCCCACCGGCCGGGAUGUGGGGCCAGUGCCCCCUAAGCCAGUUCCGGGCAAGAGCACCCCCAAACUCAACGGCAGCGGUCCCAGCUGGUGGCCCGAAUGCACCUGUACCAACCGGGACUGGUAUGAGCAGGUGAAUGGCAGCGAUGGCAUGUUCAAGUAUGAGGAGAUAGUUCUUGAGCGGGGCAAUUCUGGUCUGGGCUUCAGCAUUGCAGGUGGCAUCGACAACCCUCAUGUCCCGGAUGACCCUGGCAUCUUUAUUACCAAGAUCAUCCCUGGUGGAGCAGCUGCCAUGGAUGGGAGGCUGGGGGUGAAUGACUGUGUGCUGCGGGUGAAUGAGGUGGACGUGUCAGAGGUGGUGCACAGCCGGGCGGUGGAGGCGCUGAAGGAGGCCGGCCCUGUGGUGCGGUUGGUGGUACGGAGGCGACAGCCCCCACCGGAGACCAUCAUGGAGGUCAACCUGCUCAAAGGGCCCAAAGGCCUGGGUUUCAGCAUUGCUGGGGGGAUUGGCAACCAGCACAUCCCAGGAGACAACAGCAUCUACAUCACCAAGAUCAUCGAGGGGGGUGCUGCUCAGAAGGAUGGACGCCUACAGAUUGGGGACCGGCUGCUGGCGGUGAACAACACCAAUCUGCAGGAUGUGAGACAUGAGGAAGCUGUGGCUUCACUGAAGAACACAUCAGAUAUGGUCUAUCUGAAGGUGGCCAAGCCAGGCAGCAUCCACCUCAACGACAUGUACGCACCCCCUGACUACGCCAGCACUUUUACUGCCUUGGCUGACAACCACAUAAGCCAUAACUCCAGCCUGGGUUAUCUUGGGGCUGUGGAGAGCAAAGUCAGCUACCCUGCUCCUCCUCAGGUUCCCCCUGCCCGCUACUCUCCCAUCCCCAGGCACAUGCUGGCUGAGGAGGACUUCACCAGGGAGCCUCGCAAGAUCAUCCUGCACAAGGGCUCCACAGGCCUGGGCUUCAACAUCGUGGGUGGAGAGGAUGGAGAAGGCAUUUUUGUCUCCUUCAUCCUGGCAGGAGGCCCAGCUGACCUGAGUGGGGAGCUGCGCAGGGGAGACCGGAUCUUGUCGGUGAAUGGCGUGAACCUGAGGAAUGCAACUCAUGAGCAGGCUGCAGCUGCUCUGAAACGGGCUGGCCAGUCAGUCACCAUUGUGGCCCAGUACAGACCUGAAGAGUACAGUCGUUUUGAAUCCAAGAUACAUGACUUGCGAGAACAAAUGAUGAACAGCAGUAUGAGCUCUGGGUCUGGGUCCCUGCGAACAAGUGAGAAGAGGUCCUUGUAUGUCAGGGCCCUGUUUGAUUAUGACCGGACUCGGGACAGCUGCCUACCAAGCCAGGGGCUCAGCUUCUCUUAUGGUGACAUUCUACAUGUCAUUAAUGCCUCUGAUGAUGAGUGGUGGCAGGCAAGACUGGUGACCCCACAUGGAGAAAGCGAGCAAAUUGGUGUGAUCCCCAGUAAGAAGAGGGUGGAAAAGAAAGAAAGGGCUCGAUUGAAAACCGUGAAGUUUCAUGCCAGGACGGGGAUGAUUGAGUCUAACAGGUCGAUCAAAACGAAACGUAAAAAGAGUUUCCGCCUCUCUCGAAAGUUUCCAUUUUACAAGAGCAAAGAAAACAUGGCCCAGGAGAGCAGCGUACAGGAACAGGGAGUGACAUCCAACACCAGUGACAGCGAAAGCAGUUCCAAAGGACAAGAGGAUGCUAUUUUGUCAUAUGAGCCAGUGACACGGCAAGAAAUUCACUAUGCAAGGCCUGUCAUCAUCCUGGGCCCAAUGAAAGACAGAGUCAACGAUGACCUGAUCUCGGAGUUCCCACAUAAAUUUGGAUCCUGUGUGCCGCAUACUACCCGGCCUCGGCGUGAUAACGAGGUGGAUGGGCAAGACUACCACUUUGUGGUCUCCCGAGAACAAAUGGAGAAGGAUAUUCAGGACAACAAAUUCAUUGAGGCGGGCCAAUUCAAUGAUAAUCUCUAUGGGACCAGCAUCCAGUCAGUGCGGGCAGUUGCAGAGAGGGGCAAGCACUGCAUCUUAGAUGUUUCCGGCAAUGCUAUCAAGAGGCUGCAGCAAUCACAACUUUACCCCAUUGCCAUUUUCAUCAAGCCCAAGUCCAUUGAAGCGCUUAUGGAAAUGAACCGACGGCAGACGUAUGAACAAGCAAAUAAGAUCUAUGACAAAGCCAUGAAACUGGAGCAGGAGUUUGGAGAAUAUUUCACAGCCAUUGUACAGGGUGACUCACUGGAAGAGAUUUAUAACAAAAUCAAACAAAUCAUUGAGGACCAGUCUGGGCACUACAUUUGGGUCCCAUCCCCUGAAAAACUCUGAAGAAUCCCCUCCAGCCAUUCUCUUGUGAACAGAAGAAAUCAAGUCCCUCUUCCCUCCUCCCUCUUCAUUCCUGUCCCCACGGGGAGAACAAAUGACUACUGUUCUUGUCCCCUUUUUUAGAUAUGUCCAAAAAAUUGAGUUUUCUAGUCCUGUUAUGUUUUUUAAAAUUUUCGUUUUGUUUUAGUUUAUUUUUUGGGAUGAUGCCAUCUCACUCAUCAUGUGACUGUGCCCAUUCCUGCAUGGACCUUUCCCAAGCACUAGCACAGGUGCAAAUCCAUCAGAGUCAUUGUUUUCAUAAAACCAAGCAGAAGCAAAGAGAAGAGAGGAGGACUGAUGGAAAGACAGACUGGACAACUGCAUGGCUUGUGAAGCGAGCCCCACGCACCGCGCAAGGAGAGGUUCCUGGGCUUUGCUACGAUCUGUAUGCUGCCUCAAGGCUCGGGACGGCGCGGCGUCAUGGCGACAGAAAGUAUCUUAUUUAUAUAUAGAUAUAUAUAUGUAAUUUAUAUAAAAUAUAUAGAAAUUAUUAUAUAUAUAUAUUAUACACUCUCAUAUAAUAUAUAUAUAUAUUCACACACAUUUGGACUAGAAAAUCUAUGGAGACUUCAUCAAUGGUACUGUGUUAUUAGAGAAAUGCUUUAAUUUUCAUGUUCCAAUCAGAUGGCAUCUUAUAUCCCAACUGGUUGGGGAGGAAGUAAAAGUGGUAGUAAGUGCUGUAUCAGGGCACCUGCACUGGUCAUUCUCUAGAGAGCUGGGCUUUUCUCUAGGAAGGGGUCGGUCAGCUGGAGGCCGGCAAGCAAGGGCUUUUGCCCGGGGGCAAGAGGCUUGGAGCUGUGACCCUAGAGCAGCUGCUGCUGCCCUUGGGGAGCAGUCAGGCCUGCGUGGGGGUGGGGAGAGAGAAUGGCUAACGGUGCUCCCACCGUAUUAAAUUGCCAAUUGUCUUAUGCCACCUGAAAUGUCUGCAUGAGAGGUUUCCUUUUUGUUCAUUUUUAAGCUGCUGUUAAACCAAAACCAUGUUGUGCUACUGUGUUAGCCUUUUCAUUCUUCCAAAUUUUACUUUUACUAUUUAAGUGAAUGCGUAGAAUCCCAUUUAACCGUGUUCUGAAGGCUCAUGAUGUUCAGGAGGAGCCGGGCCUUGUGGUAGACUAGGUGACCCAGGCUUGGCUGUUCAGUCAGCAGAAGGGGAGGUGGGGAUGGGUGAGAAUCAGCAGGAGCCGGGGCUCCUACUGUAAUGUGUCCCUUCACUCACCUGCCUGGGACAUGGGCUCAGCUGAGGCCCUGUCAUGGGGCCCACUGGCAGGGUCAAGGAGUCACUUGCCUUGCAGUUCUGCACUGGGACAGUGGGACGGCCCUGAGCUUGGCCAGCCACAUAAUGAAAAGUUUGAUUGGGUUUUUUUUUUUGCAGCUGCUUCUUAUGCCCUACCAAUCCCAACUCCUCACCAACAGCUGGUAGCUUACUGUUUCUUCAAGAAGAAAGUAGACUAAUGCUGUCAUUUGAGCUGUAGAGUUAAGAUUCACUUACUGUUGAGAUGUGAAACCUUGUUGCUUUUUCCCAGAGUCAGACAGUGAUAAGUGAUCAAGGGAGUUUUUCCCUUGACCACAAAUGUAGGAGGCAGGUGUGGCUCAGGCCCCACCUCCCACCCCCCAUGCCUCCCUCAGCUCCACGCUGUAGGUGUGACCAGGGGGAGAAGAGCAUGAAUAUGCUUGGCCCCAGGGUUGAGUCUGUGGUUUUCCUAGCCCACUGUGUUACAGGUGCAAAUGAUACAUGUUUAAGAUGCUUUGAGCGCUACCAGCCACAUUUAGGAAAUCUGUUAGCAGUUCUCCUACCAGCAUGAUGAGGCUCACUGUAAAGUGUGGGGCCCAGAAUGUGGGUAAAGAAAGGGCAGCAGCUUUACCUGGGCAGGACACUGGGUUGAAGACAAGAGGGGUAAAGUGGUGGCCGAUUAUGACUUCUGGUGAGGAGGGGUGAGCAGGGAGUGUUGAUUUUUCUGAUGUUAAGUGAUUUUGUCGGAAUGAUGCUCAACCCUCUACCCCUCCCAGGGAAGAAAAUCAGAGAUUCAAAGCAAGCAUGACACUAGUUGGUUUACCAGUGUUCCUUCCAAGGAGACAUAUAUUUUUUAAUAAAUGAUAGUUGCAAUGAACUGUGGCUCAGAGACCUUCUUGAAGUAGUUGAGAGGGAAAGGUUGCGGGCACAGCAGUGGGGAAAAUGGCCCAAGCCUUUGGGGGCCAAAAGGCUCUCUACUUAGUGACCAUGAGCUGAACGAGUCAGGUGUUCCUCUGGAUGGUUCUAUACCACUGUGGUCAUAACAGGUCCUUUGUGAAAGGUGUGUGCUCGGUCUUCUACUCCUGCCCCCAAGCACUGCCUUUGGUAGUGCCGGCUGGGUGUGUGUGGAGGGCAUCCACGUCCUUGGUGGCGAAAUGCUCACAUUUUUCCAAAAGGUACACAAGAUAGGAGGUGCCCACUGCAGCAAAGAUGUCUCUUAGCGAAAGUGGGAGCCAAAGGAGCAGCAGAGAACCGAGUGAUAAAUAAGGUAAGAAAAAGCUGGCCUCCCUGCUACCAGAAAGCAUUAGAGCCCAGGGAAACGAGGAUGAGAUGGGCCCAGAGUGGGCCCCAGUUUGCAGAGCAGGGUGGCGAUCAUACCGGCAGCCUUCUGAUGAGAGGAGGGGUGCUUGGAACAGGGGGCUAGGACGUGGCUGUUGUCCCUGCAUCUUGUGUGGAGAAGCCUGAGGAUGUCCUGCCAUAGCUCAGGUCAAGAGCGGUGAUUGAAUAUGUGCAGGCUGAAGCACGGCAAGGACAAGAGUCCUUACCUGUUUGGGUGCUUGGCAGUUUGCAGGGUGCUUCCUUUCACACAUUCUCUCAUUUGCUAGAAGGCAGCCCUACAAAAAGCAGUCCCCAAAGAACUCUGUAGGGUUUUAAGGAAAUCUAGCUCCUAAGUGCAAAAGGGACAGAGAGCUGGUGUCUGAUCCCACCGUGCUGAGAGCCUGUCUCCACAGCUGCUGUCCCUCAUAGAGGAGGCAGGGCUGGAGAAAACACAGCCCCAGUGGCAGGAAGUGGGACCUAGCUCUGCUGCUGACAAUGCAGCCCCAUCAGUCUCUUCAUCUCCAGCAACCUUAAAUUAAAACAUUCUGAAGAUGGAGUUCCCAUUGUGGCUCAGCGGUAACAAACCCGACUAGUGUCCACAACGACGUGGGUUCGAUCCCUGGCCUCGCUCAGUGGGUUAAAGUUCCGGCAUUGCCGUGAGCUGUGGUGUAGGUCACAGAUGCAGCCUGGAUUCUGCAUUGCUGUAACUGUGGUGUACGCUGGCACCUACAGCUCUGAUUCGGCCCCUAGCCUGGGUGCAGCCCUAAAAAAAAUAUAUAAAUAAAAGCGUCCCUAGGAUGAUGCUCAUGACUACAUGAAAUAUUUGUUCAGACACAAGUGACCAACUCCAUCUUAGGGUGAACGUGCUUCCAGAAAUUAUUUAAUGAAAGCAAAAUCUUUACCCAAAAUGAGUGUGGAAAUUGUGCUUGAGGAUGAAACUGAUAUGGAUACAGAAGAAAGUAGGGGUUGAGCUGAAAAACUGGGAAGAGACUAGAGGAGCGGGUGUCUGGGUCAAAGGCAAGCCAAAAAAAAAAAAAAAAAAA